CCGGCGUCAGAGGAUCGUAUGACUGUUUGUGCACUUCUGGACAUCGCGGAUAAUCCUUUGUCUUCACCAUCGGAUUGCCCCGUGAUUUUCCUCACUUUUCAACGCUGGUCGUGGAUUUUUAACGUCUGAGGAAACAUCGGAUAAGCCAUGUCGUCAGUGCAAAGAGGAAGAGCAGGGCCCCGAUUCGGGAAACGUGAGGCUCCAGCUCCCAGAAGCAGGAAACCUCCUAGGAUGCGUCGUGAAUCACCCUCGAACACGAGGAUGGACGGAAAUUCUGAUCCUCCAUCACCCAUGCCACCCCAGCAUGAGCCAAUCAUCAAUGAACCACCGCAGUGGUUUGUUUCAUAUAUGAAUGCUUUUAAGAAGGAAAUGAUUGCUGAUCUGCUGAAGGCCCUGGACGAGAACCCAGAGGACGAGGAGAAACGCCGUUUCUACAAGAAGAGUUACUUCAUGCUCAAGUCUCGUUUCCACUCUCUGCAGAGCCAAAUGGAGCAGCAAAACUACUCUCAGAGGUCUUCAGGAGCUGCAGGUCCCACUCCACUGAUGAACGGUCACUCUCGACCCCAGAAUGGUAAUUCCAGGCCACAAGGAAGAUCCCAAAACGUUCGCAGGAAUGGUCAGGACUCUCACCCCGUCAACAAUGACCAACCAAUCCCUUCUGUCUCCUCUUCUCAACCCUCCAGCUCCCCACCAGAAUCUACUCAGAACAUUCAGGGCCCUUCUAAACCGCCUAGGGGAGAUAGCAAGUCAAGGAGACCCCAGAAGAGGGAGCAAGAGAAAGCUGAUGGAAAAGCUGAGCAGAAUGAUAAGAACAUCACAGCUGAGGAGAAUGUUCCAACGAAAAUUCUCAAUGAGUCCUCAGAGGACGAGCUAAAGCAUCCCUCCCUCUCCAAGAAGAUCAGAAGCAUCCUGAACAAAGUGACCCCCUCGAACUUCCAAAAUCUCCUGGAACAAAUGAAGGGGCUGAACAUCGAGAGUGAGGACGACGAGAACGGCAUCAUAAGCCAAUUCUUCGAGAAGGCUAUCGACGAGCCCAUGUACUCGAGGACCUACGCCCUCCUCUGCAAGCAGUUUGUCCUGGUUCAGCCGAAAAUCCUCCACCUCCGUUCACUGAUCAUCUCCAGAUGUGAAUCAGAGUUCGAUAAGCAUAAGUCUCUGGACAUCCUCAAAGCGAAGAAGCUCGAGGAGCUGGAGGGAACUACCGACGAAUCAUCGAAGAAGCUCUUGCAGGAAGAACUCAGGCAGAUGAAUGAGGAAAACCCCAAAGAAUUCUUGGGGAACAUUCUGUUCAUUGGAGAGCUCUACAACGAGGAUCUACUCUCCAACUACUUCCUCCACAAGAUCAUUCAGCAUCUGCUGCUGAACUCAAAUGAGACUCACCUGGAGUACCUCUGCAAACUGUUAAAAAUCUCUGGCAAGAACUUCGAAUUCAGAGACGAUGAUCAAUCGACUUACUACGAGAAACUGUCAGAGAUGUCCCUGCAGAGUGGAUUAAGCACUCGAAUUAAAUUCAUGAUCGAGGAACUCAUCGAUGUGAGGUCGAGGGGGUGGAAGUGGAGGAGGGAUGAGGCUGAAGAGGAUCAUCUGGUGGAAAUCUUCAGCUUCUCAAAGGUUCUGGACUUCUACUGUGGAGGUCAAGACAAGGAGAACUUCGUGGAGGCCUUCUACAAGGAGAUUCAGCCUCAGUUCAAUCUGUUUGAGUCCACAAAUUUCACCAGGGAACUUCUUAACUCGGCUAUUGAGAGGGUUCAACUCAGGAAUGAGUACUUUGAAAUCUUCAGGAAGGAUCUGGGGAAUAAAAUUGUUGAGUGGGUUGGGGGAGAGCAGGUGUUCCUGGAGAUUGUGUUGAGGGAGUUGAAGCUGUUUUUCAGUCAUUUUGAGGAGAUAUUCAUGCAGAUUCCUGAUGUCUGGAAGUGCUUGGCUGUGUUCCUGGGGAAGUUGGUUAGAGAAUGGGAGGGGGAGCUGGGUCCUAAGAAAGUUCUGGACAUGCUGGAGGAACUGAAGGACCAGGAGAUGAGGAGGAACUUUGCGAGGGAUCUGAUUGAGGGGCUGGAGAGGAAGAUGAAGGGAGAGCUGGAAACGUGGAUGAGCAAGGAGGGAGUGAACGUCGGUGACUUUGUGGGUAUUGAAGGCAAUGUGGAGGAGAAGAAAGAGAAGAAAGAGGAAGAGGGUGAGAACAAGCCAGUGGAGGAAAUCGAGAUUUCAUAAGAAAUGACACUUUUUCAAGUUCAUAAGUUAAACUCAAAGUUUAUUUCUUCCGUUUUUUUAUAUUUUUUUUUCUCAAUGUGGAACAUGUUCAAAACACAUUCAUUAUUUCUCUUCGACAUUUGUCGUCAUUAGUUUCUUUUUAUUAUUACUAAGUGCUAUCAUUUUUUUAUGGAAAAUAAUGUAAGUUGAUACCAGUAAAUAAA